GGUUAACCACACCAUGCUGACAUCUCGGAGUAGGGACCUAAUUAGUGACCCCAGUCCGGUUGAGUCGCAAUAUUAAAUUAAACCACCAUGCUGAUACUGCUAGGUUCAUAUGAAAUCAACAAAAUGAGGCUCUAAGAAUAUAAUAUGUACCAGGUAAUUCGAAAAGAAUUUGUUCUUCACCACUUAGGUAGAUUCCUUCUCCCGUCGUAUUCCUAUUGGCGUUAUAUCCACCGUGUAUCGCUUAAUAGACCAAAGAGACAACUAUAUCACAAGAAAUAGUUUAAAAUGGAAUCAUCUGAGCAUUUCCCCGCCGGUGAAAAUAUUGAAGGGAUGGCGACCCCCGUCUCAGAGAACCUCGGCGCAAGUUCGACGCCCGAGAUUGCCAUAACAGAAAGGGACACUGACGCACCUGAUAUAUUAGCUGCUAGGUCGACCGCGAAUGAUCCCGACGACAGUGGACAGCAAGAUAUAACCACAGAACCUCAUGAACCCAAUGAUUUAGAUAUAAUUAUCGAUAUUGUGGUGGUGGGCAUCGACAACGAGGCGACAGGAAGAACAAAUCCGCUUCUUCCGCAAAGGCUUAAGAGAAGACGGCAGAUCCAGGAGUCGGAUACUAGUGCUGCAGAAAGAGGAGAGCAUAGAGGCCAUCAAGGGACAGCCUUCAGCACGACUAACCGGCCUCUCAAUCCAGUCGUUAAUCAGGUGUUGUGCGAUAAUAGCCUUUCGGGAGCUCGAAUCACAGUUUUCCCAAAAAGCAACAAUGUUCUCUUUCCGGAAAACUCCGACAUUGAAGCCGAGCGCUUCUUAGGGGAACUGGAGAAAAAGAGGGAAAAUGGCCAUUUCAAGGAAGUUCCCAUAGUGUUGAUAGAUACAGGAUAUGGAUACCCCAUUAUAGAGCAACUCUUCGGCCACAUUCAAUCAUCGGCUUCUAAUAUAAGCAAUAUGAUUUCCACAGUCGUAUUCUUGGAAACUAUAGUUCCAUAUCCACAGGAACCAGGGAAAGGAGAACCCCAGAAUAGUCAGUCCGAAAAUGACCCAAUGGUAACGUGGUACCCUCGUACAAUCCAAGUCAGCGACUAUUGGAAAACCCUCUUUACAGAGCUGGGGUGGACGAACAACAUUGAGUCGUGGCGAGCGUUCUGUAAUCUAGCAAAAGAAUGGGGUGUGUCUGUUGUUGGAUUCGGCCAAUCCGCCUCUAAUAAAGAGGGUCCGCAAUUCCACGAUAAUUUCAUGAAAUUUGUACCCUACGAGAACAGACCAGAGAAACCUGCCCAAACCACUGACUCGCAGGACCCUAAUUAUCGUCAGCUUGUGGAUGAGAUUCAGACAGGUCUUUUCAUCAAAGCCUUGAGUGAUCAGACGCUUGAAAGCUUGCUCGAAGUUUUUAUACGUAGAAACUAUAAUGUAUCUUUACAAGAACACAAACGGACACAGCUCAUCCACAAGGCGGCUUCUUGCGUCUAUGGUACAGCACUGUUACAUCUCAUCUCUGCAGCUCCCCGCCUAGCAGCAAGUAGGAGCGAGGAUGGAUCAACCCCCCUUCACCUCGUGAUUAGAAAGGCCGUGGAUGAUAAACCUGACAAGAAUGGUCGAGCUGAAUUCGAAUCGAUAAUUUCGAAAUUGGUUGCGACGUUAGAAGAUCUUCCAGGUACAAAGGACCUAAAGAACGUCAAAGAUGUCAAAGGUAAAUCGGCAUGGGAAUAUGCUAGCGAGGACGAACAUCAAUGGAUAAGGGAAUUGAAGCGGUAUUCUGUCACUACCGGUAAUAAAAUCACGCCUGAUGCGAAAACAUUGCCCGAAAAUCUCGUCACCGGAACUCCAAACGAUGUUCAAACCAGGGCCUGCAAAAAGUCAGAGGCAACUGUUGCCCAAUUCUACGUUUCGGAAGAUGGCAGACAAGACUCCUUCAAUAAACAGCAACUCCCUGUAUAUUGGCUCCUCUACAACACACGGCCGAGGAUUAGGGAGUUCUUCAAGCAACUUAGCAGCGCCGAGGAAAAGAAAAAGAAGACAUGUCGAUGGAUUCACCUCCCUGCAAACAAUGAGAGAUGGGUUUAUGACCUAUUUAGCCAGUUAGAAAUAGUGGACACGUCGACGAGCGGAAAGCGUCACGAAGGCGUGACGACAUACGAUCGACACAUGAUUGCCGGUACCGAAAAGUAUACCCAGCUAUCAUUAAAUACUUCUAUGUCGCCAAAGCGUGCUAGAAGUGUAGGUGGUUCCCACCGGCGCUCAAUAUUGGCGCAAAACAAUAUAGAUUUAAACCCACCAGCCAGGGCUGGAAGAAGUAAGGAGGAUGAAGGUCGCGAUGCAUCUACCCCUUUAUCAAGGAACAUAUCGGAUACGAACAACGCUAAGAAAACGGAGGAAACUGCAUUUGUUCUGUUUAUGCCAAUCCUUGGUUUUGAGAAGCAUGAAUACCGCAAAAGAUUAAAGUUGGUAAUGGAAAAUCCGACUAUAGAAGGGAAUCCUCCUAUGGAUGAGACCCCACUUCUCGUACAGGCUUAUUAUGAUCAGAAAGAAGUAUCGUUGCAUUGUCGAAGAACAUUAGAUCAAUUCACAUACACCAUGCUACCAGACACCGAGGAACGGGACAGCGACCAGGUCAUCUCCAAAUGGUGGAAACAGAAAGAACAGUUGCGCAAGGGUCCACCACGUUUCUCAAAAGAGGAACUUAAAAAUAAAAGCCCAGUGCUCAUGGUGGACCAGCUGUGGCUUUGGAUUCUCGAAGGUGAAGCAACAGUGAUGACAUGCUUUCCUGACGCAUGGGACUCGACAGCAGGGUACAAUCUUCUUCAGCAGAUUCUACGAAAGAAGGCAAAAAGAAAAGAUAACCGACCCCUCGUUCAAUCCACCACAUCCUUAGCCAACUUGAUAUUGGGAUGUAGCGUGGAUUUCAUACGACGAGAUGGUCCCAUGAGAGUUUCACUCAAAGAAUCCUUCCAGUCUAGUAUUGCUGAUAUUGCUAGAAAGCAAUCGACACAGUUCCAAAAGUUCAAAAGACUAGUCGAAGAGCUACAGAAUAGUAGUCAGUUGGACCAAAACGAUAGAGCCAUCAAGACCGAUGGCCUCUUCCAACUAACCGAAGAAUCGCACCUUAUGGCUUCCAUCAUGGAUAUUCAAGACGAGCUCAAGUCGAUCAAGGAUGUAUUUAAAAAGCAAAAUGAGGUCCUGGUGAGAUUUCAUCAACUCACGAAAGACGACUAUAAAGACAACCUAAGAAUAGUCGAAUCCAAUAUCGCAGCAGUUGAAGAAAUGGAAAUGUACGCCGAAAAGGUUCAUAUUGAGCUCAAGGGACUUCUCAGUCUCAAGCAGAAACAGGCAAAUGCGUGGGAAGCGAGGUUCGCUCGUGAGGGUUCGGAACACACUCAGCGUCAAAGCAAGAUCACAAUGGUCUUCACGAUAGUUACUAUCUUGUUUCUCCCCCUGUCAUUCAUGUCUAGUGUGUUCGCUAUUCAAGUCGAUGUUUUCCCUAGGGAUGCGACAUCACAGAUUGCGUGGCCUAUAGAUGAAGUCAUGGGGCUUCUGUUUGGCAUAUCAUUUGCCGUCAUCAUUCCCCUAAUCAUCGUCGCUUUCCGUGUCAACCAGAUUUCUAGCGCCUUUAGUAAAGCUGCUGGCUACAUCUGGCCCUCUAAAAAUCUACCUGUGGAAGAAUGCAGGGAUGAAAGGAACAACCAUGUCAGCGAUCUUCAUCCUGAUAGCCUUUAUACAAUAUCUAGAUCUCCUACCUGGAACAGUACACCUAGAAGGAGUUCUAUACACAUGAAGUCACGACGGUUCGACGAAAAUAUCGAAGACCUUGAGCAGAAUGAGGAUGCUCGACUGUUUAAUCUACAGAGGCCAUUUAUGGCGUCACCUACAGACAGCACAGGGAAUAUUCACGACUGGUCAAAUCUGAAGCUAUCGGAUGUCACACCAGCCUUAAACUCGGAUGAAGGGGAUUCAUCAUCGCGCCGGAGGUUUUUAGAUAUGAAUCUAGCCCAUCGACGCCAAAGUAUUGCUGGAGAUGCAGGGAGUAUCUUGAGGGGUAUGUGAUAGGUAGGUAGGUAGCUUGGACCACUUUAAUAGUUAAAGCUCGAUGUUUACGAUAAUUCUAUUUCCUAAUAUACUUCACUCCUGU